AUGUCGUUUGUCGGCGGCAAGCUCAACCUGAAGGGGGGCGACGGGCUCAAGUCGGCCGGCGGCGUCAAGAAGAAGAAGAAGAAAACAAAGGCCAAGGAGGACGACGACGGCAACGGCGGCGCCGGCGGUGAUGAGAAGGCCGCCGCCUCCGCCAGCAAGCUGCAGGGCUUCGUGCCCCCCCCGCCGCCCGACGGCGAGGACCGCCGCACCGAGGCGCAGCGGCGGCGCGACGAGAAGAUGGCGCGGCUGGAGGAGGAGCGGCUCAAGAAGGUGGCGGCGAAGGGGUACAGGGACCGCGUGAAAGACUUCAAUGAGCACCUGGCCGGCCUGAGCGAGCACCACGACAUCCCGCGCGUCGGGCCCGGAUGA